CAUCAUUCACUUUGCUUGUUUCUCCUUGACAUCAAUCGCGUCGCUUGCUAUGUCGUCCAGAUCUGAUGAUCCAUCUGUUCAUGAGGUACUAGAACUUUUUACAACCCAUGGGGUCUCAUGAUUGGUGAAUUAUUGGUCAGAAUUUCCCUCUUUUGCGCGAUUUCGGCCAUAGCCGCCGAACACUGGCACGUCGGUGGUGUGACAAUCGGCUUGCACAGCCUGGUAACGUGAUCUUCUUUCCAUUACCCAUCAUUCCAUCGAAAUUAUGGUUCCUUCUAGCCAAAUCUGUCCGUCAGCCAAGCCUCGUGAUACCCGUCCAAUACUACCGAGUGUUAUUGCUUCUUCGCGACCGAAAGAGAGAUAGACUUUGCCAUAUAAAAGGAAUUGGCCCUCAUCAUCUCUCGGCCCCGGUCUCCAUUUGCCAUCUACCAAGCAAAAACCAAAAGACUUCUACAACCGAUCGAAUUGACGACUACCAAAGCAACUAUUGCCAACAACAAACCACACGCAAAAAUGACCAAAAUCAGUUGGAACUCACUCACCGGCCACCACUCAGAAACUCCGGCCGGCACAGAAAACCCGGUCGCGGAGGAAUCGCAACAUCACCGGCGUGACUCGAAGCUUAGUCACAUCAUGGACUCGAUCCGGCAUUCGCUUGCCCACGAACAUGAGAAGUUACCUAGCGAAAGCCAAGCCCAGCACCAAGGCUCCGUCGCCGUAAACGGUGAAUCGAACAACAACGGUUCACUCAGUCCUUCUCUGCAAGCAGUGGCCUCAUCUAAACUGAAUGAGAACAAUAUGGGUGAACACUCCCACGAACUCGACGACACCUGGGGUUGGCCAGGUCUUGGUACUUACGCAUCGGGUGCACCAGAAGCUCCGAGAAAAGGCAGCGGAUCCACCGACUCAGGCGCACCACAGGCACCAAGACAAGAAUCAGUGUCGAAAGGAAAAGAGCCCGAGCCGCCAAGAAGGGAAUCGACCAUCUCUCAGGCCAGCAAGAAGAGCAGCGACACACAAACCGGCUGGCCAGGUCUGGGUCCCUUCCCAGAAGACGUCGAGAAAUAACCGACUUGGGCGUCGAACUCGCAGAGCGGAGCCGGUAUUUGCAACCAUCUUGUGUGUUUCAGAGCGAUUUCCAGGUUUUUGUGGUGCGUUAAGCGAGGAUGUCCCAGGGCCACAACGGUGAUACGAGAGAACCUUUGAUGGUAGGUUAGGGUUACAGCAUCAACCAGCGGGAUAAAAGCCAUCUUGGAGUGGCUGUUUGUGACUUUUACCAAAUAUAGUACUAAUACAUUGAAUUCUACGGAAGAGCCCUAUUCUCUUCACGGCCGCCCCUGAAGGAGCAGCAUCAGAUUACAGCCACGCGUUCCACCUCAACCAGGUUGGUAGGCCAUUCCUGCGACUCGGCUGUGAACGAUAUAUUCGACAGAGCGCUAGAUAUCCAGAUUUGGCCGGCUGAAAAUAGGAGGUAGUCUAACAACCACAAUCAACUUGCCAGUCAUUACUGUCGUUAUUAACUUGGUGUCAACCAUAUUUUGCAUUCCGUGCUGGCAUUUCUAAUUU